AAACCUUUAAGUAGUCAUUUUAAAUUCAAUAAAGACACAUCGUUCCGACAUUUUACCCAAAUAAAGCUAUCGGAGAUCUGAAACAAAUCAAAAAAAUUUGAUCGUGUUUUAUAAUAGAGAAAGAAUAUCCUUUUGAAAGAAGAGCCUUUUUAAUUAAAUUUAAUAAUUUAGUGUAAAUUCAUUGCGAAUUCUAUUUCAAUCAACGCAAAACUAUCACAAUGAGCAUUCAAUUUAGAUUGUCAAAAUAUGACAGUGGAUUGGGUUUGGUUUACGAAGCCGACAAGAAAAUUCAAGAAGACCAGUUCAACAAACGAUUACAGAAAAUCGAAUAUGAAAACGAAAGGUUGGAAAUCCAACUGAACGAUAAAAUUUAUGAAAUUAAAAAAUUGGAUAAGCAAUUCAGAGAAAAACGGGAACAAUAUGCCGAAUUGAAACAGGAAAGAGAUUUACUGGAGAUGCAAUUGCAUGCUGAAAUAAGGAAUUCAAAUCGAUUGUGUCGCAAUGUUGAAGACCUUUCAUCAUCCAAACGCGAGUUAUUGGACCGAAUUGAUCGCAUUAAAAGCGAACACAUCGAAGAGAUGCGCAAAUUAGUCGAAAAACCGAAGAAAAUGCGAUAAUCACAAUGAUUAGUAUGUUUAUCUUUGUAAUUUUCAGAAAAAGUAAAUGAUUUUUUUUUUAAAUGUUUAA